CCCCCACAACCACGCUAACACCAUGGACUAUGUCAGUGCCCUGGCCCCUGCCUCCCUGCUGCAGUCGGUGUCCAGCGCUGGCUCGGAGCUGACUCGUCGGGUCUGGGCCCCCCGUGCUCCCCCCCAGCGCCCCUUCCGCGUCUGCAGCCACCAGCGCGGGGGCCGCACGGGGCUGAUGGCCGGGACCCUGCAGGAGCUGCUGGCCAAGGCGAUGGAGGCGCUGCUGGUGGCGGGGCUGGCAAGGCUGGUGCUGGAGGAGGACGGGACGGCGGUGGAGAGCGAGGCCUUUUUCCAGAUGCUGCCCCCCGACACGGCCCUGAUUCUGCUGGGCCCUGGGCAGAGCUGGAGCCCCCCGCGGGUGGACUGCACAACAAUGGGUAUGUCCCACCUUACCACAAUUAGAAGAGCCCUGCUCCUUACAACAGAAAAGCUUGGCAACUUGUUACUGGGAUGAACUAAAUAACGGUCCCACAAAAGUGUAUUUCGAUAGAAAAAGUUGUUCCUGUGCCAUUGGAUUAGAGAGGCUUGUAUGGUAAGACAAAUACAUCUCAGAACCGCCUGUAAAACAGUGUAUGUGUAAUAUCACUAUGUUAAAAACUCCCACCCUAACCGAUUACUGCCCAACUCACGAAGAUAAAGGAACUAACACGCUGGAUACCAGUAAUAUUCUAAACUUUAACUUCACUUUGGGAGUUGAUUGGACAAAUCUGUACAAACUAAUACAGGAAAAUAAACAAAUUAGCCAACUGAUUGAAGCCACACGGACCCAGGUUCAAACACGCAGUUUGGCUAUUUUACAUCAGGGAUCUGAAAUAUUAAGAGUAUCUGCACAAGCGGAGCAAAUCAUGACGCACCCUUGGUAUGAUAUUUUAAAGGGCUGGUCCCCCUCCUGGUCUUCAACUUUAAUAAUUCUGUUACAUCCAAUUGUUGUUUUCUUUAUUCUGAUAAGCUUAACGUUAAUCAUAAUGUGUGGGAUGUGCUGCUGGAUGAAAAGACUGUACUUUAAGCUAAAACCACAAGCUCACAUUGCUUCCCAAUAUAUAGCCUUAAAACAAUUGCAUAAAGUGUGACCCAUUCAGUGCCCCUGGAUUGAAGGGUCAAAAGGGGGACGAUGUAGAACCAAAGUGAAUGAAAUUGUUUUUAGUUAUUCACUGUACCAUUGUAACGUCUGUUCACCAUUUCAUUACACUUGCCAUUUUGCCCACAUUGUAACUUUCAUUACACUUGCCAUUUUGCCUACAUUGUAACUUCUGUGCCAUAUUGUAAUUCAAACCCCAUUUUAAAACUCUUACUCCAUUUUGUAAGGGCUUGCUGCAACCUUCCUUUUUGCAAACCCUGCUGUAAUUU